AUGGGGCCAGAAGCGGGACUCACGACAGCCAUUGAGCUCCAGAGCUCCGACCACUCGCCGCGCACCGCCAGUCCGGAACGCCAGGCAGAGGAUGGAAACGGACAAGAGAUGCCCAGUCUGCCUCCGGUAGACACCGGCAAGGACGCCUACUUGUUCCUCGCCGCCUGCUUCAUGAUCGAGGCACUCGUGUGGGGCUUCAGCUACUGCUUCGGUGUCUUCCAAAACUACUACAGCACCCACGAGCCGUUCAUCGGCGAAUCAAACCUGCCCACAAUCGGGACCUGCGCUAUGGGAAUCAUGUACCUCACCGCCCCCCUAGUAAUGUGGUCGCACCGCCGCUUCCCACGUCAAGCGCGCUAUUCCACCAUCACCGGCCUGCUCAUCAUGUGCCUCGCCCUCGCCCUCUCCUCCUUCUCCACCACCGUCACCCACCUCAUCAUCACGCAGGGCGUCUUCUACGCCAUCGGCGGCUCCAUCGCCUACGCCUCCUGCAUCGUCUACCUCGAGCAAUGGUUCGUGGCGCGCCAAGGGCUCGCCUUCGGCAUCAUGUGGUCGGCCACGGGCCUCUCGGGCGUCGUGCUCCCCUUGCUCCUCGAGUGGCUGCUCGCCACGCGCGGCUACCAAACCACCCUGCGCGUCUUCGCCUGCCUGGUCUUUGCCCUGACCGCCCCGCUGAGCUAUUUCGUGCGCCCGCGCCUGCCGGUCGCGCAGGCGUCGCGCGCCCGGCCGUUUUCGCUGCGCUUUGUGGUGCAGCGGCCGUUUGUGCUGUACCAGCUGUUUAAUGUCGCCGAGGCGGUCGGGUUCUUUUUGCCGGGGAUUUAUCUGCCGUCGUAUGCGCGCGCUGUGCUCGGGGCGAGUCCCGUGCCGGCGGUUGUUGCUAUGAUGCUGGUUAAUGUAGCUAGCUGGGCGGGUUGUGUCGCCAUGGGCUGGCUGAUCGACCGGUUGGAGGUCACGCGCUGCCUGAUGGUGUCGGCGGUUGGUGCGGCUGCGGGUACGUUCUUGCUGUGGGGUCUGUCGGCGAACCUGCCCGUGCUGUACGUGUUCUGUGUUGUCUACGGUCUGUUUGCCGGGUCGUACACGUCGGCGUGGCCGGGGGUGAUGAAUGAGAUUACCAAGGGGAAGCCCCGGGCCGCCGCGGAGGGCUCUGAUGAGGGGGAGAGGAGUGCCGAUGACUCGGGCAAGUUGGCUGACCCGAGCAUGGUGUUUGCCUUCUUGGCCAUGGGCCGUGGCGUUGGGAAUAUGAUCUCGGGUCCCCUGAGCGAGGCCUUGGUCAAGGGGAUGCCGUGGCAGGGGCAGGCCUUUGGCGGCUAUGGUAGCGGUUAUGGGGGUCUGAUCGUCUUUACCGGCGCCUCUGCUUUCAUUGGCGGCGGGAGCUAUCUGUGGAAGAAGCUAGGGUGGUUGUAG